AUGCAGAAUACUAGUUCAAAAAGUAGUUUGAGUAAAUGUACAGACGUGACGAUUUUUUGUACGCAUGCAGAAUGUCAAAUUACCAAUGAAGAACUAGUGGAUUUGCGCCAGCAGGUAACGAAUCUGAAAGAAACGAUUGUGUCCUUAGAAAACACUAUAAAACUGAAGGAUAUGCAGCUGCAAAAUAUGAAACGAGAUAACGAACGAUUAUCGGCCGACUUGAAAAAGCAACAGAGAUCCGUCAGGAAUAUCAAACAGCAGUUGGACGACGAAAGGUUUUUUUACCAAAGAGAAAAGGAUUAUUUCAACGAUGAAUUACAGCGGCAGAAGACGAGAUCGGUUAGUGGGACGUCGAGGUUGCAACAAGAAAGGACGGAACUUGAAAGGGCGCGAAAUUCACUGGAAGAGGAGAACAAGACUCUCAGGGAGGAAUUAAACGAGAAAGUUCAGACGACGUAUAAUUUAUGUAUAAAGUUUUUACGAAUGAAGUAUGCCAAAGAUUUGUUGAGGCAGAAAUUCGAUCAGCUCUGGAAAGAGCAUCUACAAGUAAUGACGGACAUGAUGGAGAAGUUAGACGAAGGAAGGGGAGAACUAAACAUUAUUGUGUCAGACAAGUUUCAAGAGCCUUUGCCUUUAAGUAAAGCUAAAUGUUUGCAGGUAGUACAGAGAAAUGCUAGGUUGGUUUAUGAAAACGCGAUGCUCAGGGUGCAGAUACAGCAUCUGACAUUGAAUAUAGAUAAACUAAAGAGUGGUACACAGAAGCCUAAACUAAUCAAUGUAGACGCUGCAAUUAUCGCCAAAUUGGCUAAACAAAAUGUAAAAAAAUGUAGCAACAAAUCAACAAAAUGGCUGCCAUUUCAGUAG